GGAUAAUCCCUUCCUUAUCUCUCCCUCUCUUUAUCAUUAGCUGAAGAGAAAAAAAGAAUAGGGCAAAGUAGCUGAAUCAUCGAGACUAGCCUUCGCCACCAUACCCAGCUCCUUCUUGUUUUGUCACUAUACCCAGUUCCUUCUUAUUUUUCCCUCUUCUCGCCCAUCAUGCCCAUGUUCACAGAGGAAGACCUCGGCACGCGGUCGGCGCCCCUCAGCCCACCCACCAAGAGGCCCGGAAGCCGGCGGAUGGCCAGCUGGGCCGACCAAAUGUCGCCGGGCUCGACCGUCCCCAUCCCGAGCCGCGAGUCCAUCUCGCACGCCGCCGACGGCGACGCCGAGCCCAUCGAGGUGCCGGCGUCGCGGCCGUCCGUGUCCGAGGUGGACAAGUACAUGCACAACCUGUCCAUGUCGCCGUCGAUGCGGGACCGGCGCGGCUCGCGCAACUCGUUCGGCACCUCGCUCCCCAUCCCGCGCGUGCACCGCCAGUCGCGCCUGUCGUCGGUCCACCACCCUAGCGUCGACGAGGACGGCGCGGACGGCAGCCCGGCGCGGCCCUCGAUGCCGGUGCUGCAGUCGUCACGCGCCCUCAUCACGUCGCAGAUCCAGACCGUGGCGGCCAACAAGGUCAGGCGGGCCAAGAACAUGGCCUUCGCCUUCGACAUCGACGGCGUGCUCGUGCACGGCGACCGGCUGAUCCCCGAGGGCCGCCGCGUGCUCCAGAUCCUCAACGGCGACAACGAGCUCGGCAUGCCCAUCCCGCACAUCUUCCUGACCAACGGGUCCGGCAAGCCCGAGCGGGCCCGGUGCGACCAGCUGUCCAGGAUCCUCGGCAGCAAGGUCGACACGGCCCAGUUCAUCCAGAGCCACACGCCCAUGUCGGCCCUGGCCGCCUACUACGGCACCGUCCUCGUCGUCGGCGGCGAGGGCACCAAAUGCCGCGACGUGGGCGAACUGUACGGCUUCAAGGACAUCGUCGUGCCCAACGACAUCGUCGCCUGGGACCCGAGCAUCGCGCCCUACCGCGUCUUCACUGAGGAGGAGCGCAAGGCCGCCCGCCCCAGAGACUUCACCAAGACCAACAUCGAAGCCAUCCUGGUCUUCUCCGACUCGCGCGACUACGCCACCGACAUGCAGAUAAUCGUCGACCUCUUGCGCGCCGAGGACGGCAGGCUCGGCACCCUGUGCAAGGACGACCCCGUCUCCCACCGCAUCCCCAUCUACUUCUCCCAGGGCGACCUGCUCUGCCCGACCGAGUACCCGACCCCCCGGAUGAGCCAGGGUGCCUUCCGGAUUGGCCUCGAGGCCAUGUACAAGGCUCUGACCGGAGUCGACCUGGAGCGCACCGUGUAUGGCAAGCCGGAGCUCGCGACGUACAAGUACGCGGACGAGGUCCUGACCGAGUGGAUGGGUGAGCUGUACGGCUCCCCCAGCGAGGAGAGGCUGCCCGAGAACAUCUACAUGAUCGGCGACAACCCGGCCAGCGACAUCGUGGGCGGCAACAUGUACGGGUGGAACACGUGCCUCGUCCGCACCGGCGUGUUCCAGGGCGGCGACAACGACGAGGAGAACCCGGCCAACUUUGGUGUCUUCCCCAACGUGCUAGAGGCCGUCCAGACCGCACUGAGGAAGGAGCUCGGCGACGAUUUCGGCAUGAAGUUCGACGAGCACAGCGUCAACCCCGUCCUCAAAGGCACGGCGGACUGUGCGGCGGUCGAGAUAUAGUGGCUUGUGAACGACAGCGAGUUUUGAUUUGCUUCAAACCAGGAGUUCGAGAUAUCCGAAACAUUUUGAUUGCAUCCAGGGAUUUAUAGACAUAUCAAGGCCUCUGGAGAGGCGCCAGCAUCAGCGAGUGUCACGUUUUACAGUUUGUUAUAGAACAGAAUAGACUAGAUUGAUGAUUGCGUACCG